AUGCAUCUCGGUGGACCCAUAGAUUAUAUUCAGGUAGCCAGGGAUCCCUCACCAAAAAUGCUGUGGACAAAGCCUGACCUGCCACAUAGCAGUAGUAAGCCAAAAGGUGGUACAAGGAGCACGUGGAGCUGGGAGCCUUCCUUGCACUUCCCUACCUACCCCAUUUCGUAUGUGUCCUCUCCCAUAGAAACAAUCAGUGAUCAACCAAAGAUUUUAUCUGGAAGUUCUGAGAAAGUUGCAUCACGAUUUGUGGAAGAAACCUACCGAGUUGUGGCAAACAGUGGGAGCCCCAACAGAAUGAAAGCAUUUGAUGUGCUGAUGCACAAGAAGCUUGGGCUGAAAGGAGGUGAAGAAGACGUAAAAGACAUCUGUGCUGAGACACACAGAUAGUGUAUGUACAACAUUGGGCCUGUGUCUCCAUCACAUGGCAUGGACAUCCCCUCCAUUUCUAUUAUGCUUCAUGAACUCAUCAAAUUACUUCACCACCCAUGGUGUGAUGUCACUAUUAUCAAAACUGGCACAUCAGGAGGAAUAGGGAUUGCACCAGGGACUGUUGUUAUAAUGUUGUUAGACUCCUUUAAGAACCGGAUUGAACAGGUCAUCUUGAACAGCAUCGUCACCUGAAGUACUGAACUUAAACUGGCUGAAGAGCUAUUGAACUGUGGCAAAGAAAUUCCCAACUUCCCAGCCCUCAUCAGACUUAUAGUGUGUCCCUAUGAUUUUUAUGAAGGUGAGAAUAAUUUAGAAGCUCACUAUGCACUUUUCCAGAGAAAAAAAUAAGAUUAUUUGAAGAGAAGAUAUAAAGCUGGCAUAAGGAACAUUGAAAUGGAGUCUACAGUGUUUAUGGCCAUGUGUGAGUUUUGUGGUCUAAAAGCUGCUGUGGUCUGUGUGACACUUCUCGACAGACUUGACUGUGACCAGAUCAACUCACCUCAUGAUGUCCUGGUGGAUCCUCACCUCCUAAUCUCAAACUUCAUCAAACAGAGGCUUGGACUUUGUGACCAGAUGUCAUAACUGGGCAACCCAACCCUCCCCUGCAAAUUUGUGGUUCAAGUUGUGGUGUGAAAGUCACAUAUUAUUUGUGGCAUUUUCAUAUAGUUCUCAUCCACAUGCUAAAAUCAAAAUGGAGAGAUUUUAUGAAGUCAUUUUCUCUUAAAAAACGGAAUUCAUUGUAAAAUAAUUUGAUAUUCACAUUAAAUUAAAUUCAAAUUUCAUUUCAGAAUAAGUUAACUAAACUAGUCUAAUAAUUAAAAUUUAAAAACUCCUGGAUUGUGACAUUUGGAAUUUCAUAUGCAGCAUUAAUUAAGCUCACAUUAAAGUAGAUCAGCCAUUUGUAGAUACAGUUACCAGUCGUGUUUCUGAAACCAGUCCAGAAAUCAUGUUAGAAUGUUGUCAGGCACUCCUAGGUAUUGGACAAGUGGCAGAAAUUGAUCGUGUACAUUCAAAAUAUUUACAGAAAAAACUGUCAGUGUAAUGAGGGUCUAUAUGGAAAAGUUACCCUUAGGGAAUGUGGCUGUACUUCUUUUUUACCCUAGCAUGAAUUCAGCACACCACAGAAUAGAAUUAGAGGGUUUACAUGUGCCUAUGUUUGUGAUUUUAUUGCAGAACAUAACUCUGGAUUACCCUUUUUAUUUAAAUGAAAACCCUCGAUAACACAAAGAAAGAUCUUCAACUUUUCUUUAGAAAUCACAAGUGAUUAAAUUGCCUUCUAGAGAUUCUUUUCUUUUAAGAAAAUGUGUUUUGAGGAGGCUGUAUUUUUUAUUCCACUUCAAUAUUAACCAAUAGGCUGAGGAAUCAGUUAAAAACUGAAUUUAGACUUGAGUUCACGAUGUUAAAGUAAUCCUUUUGUGUAACUUUGAAGCAGAUGUUUUCCAGAUCUGCUUAUACCUCUACCCUAUCUGAUCCUCUGGGGACACAGAGCACUUACAGGUUGUACCAUGCUCUCUAUGAAUUUUUGUCCCACCUUGGGAGUUCUUCUCAAUUUGACAUACUUGGGAGUUGGAAAGACAAGAUGUGGGAUGGGUGGAGAAUGACUUGCAAACUUGUAUAGCAUGUAAUGUUAUAUGCAUAUAUUUAUAUGGUGUGGCUCAAAUAAAGUUUAAUUAAUUUAUUAAUUUUUGGUCAAGGAUCCUGUAUUACAAAUUUAGGAAAACCCAAAAAACCCCAUUGGAAGUUUUUUGGGUUUUUUUUACUUUUUUUAAUUUUAAAGUUCUGGGGUACAAGUCAGGAUUGAUUAUUUAGAUCCUGGAAUUGUCACAUGUAACAGAAUGGAGGCUUGGGGUGGGAUUCCCUACUGGUCGUCAGUAGGUCCUAGGUUGGUUGAGUCUGGACUGGUCUGCUCCUGUGAAGGAAAUGGUUUUCUCUCUUAAGCAGUAUUUAUUGUCACCAA